UCUUUCAGAUUCAUGUAACGGUGGGCACCUCAUUUCAGAAUUCACACAUUCACCCUGUUGCUAGUAGUGUUAGAAAAUUAUCUUAACUGGUGCCUAGCCUGUCUCUCUUUUUUUCUUUUUUUUCCAAAUUUAAACUUGUGUCCUCUCAUCCUUUUACUUUUAUCUUCAGAUUACACAACAUAGAAAUGAGUCCUUUAUCCUAUAAAUACCUCAAGAGAAAAUAAGUGUACAUAAACUGAGCUAUCUGUGUAAUUGUAGCUCUGAUGAUGGAAACAACUGUUCCAAAACUAGGGAUUAAAGUGGAAUAACAGCUGUAUCAAAAUUACAAUCAUGGAACGACAAAACUUUCUACAAGAGCUACAAGGUUUCUCACCCUGUAAUCUGCGGUCUGUAGAAACUAUAAUCACAACAGAGAGUGGAAGAUUGCUGCGAGAAAAAAAGGAUAGUCAUGGAAGGUUUCAUGUGAUAGAAGAAGGCAGGUGUUUGGGUUAUAUUGGAGACUUGAAACCUGACUUGCAAGUGGCAGAAGUAACACCAAGGCUUUUUAUUGGAUCUCAAGAUGUUGCCCAGGAUCUAGAUAUUCUACACCGUAUACAUGUAACACACAUUUUAAAUGUUGCUACUGGUAUUCCAAACCUUUAUGAACAAGAAUUUAUCUACAAAAGGAUCAAUAUUUUUGACCUUCCAGAAACAAACAUCAGAAUAUUUUUUGAUGACUGCUUCUAUUUCAUUGAUAGUGGUCGACAAGAGGGUGGUGUUUUGGUUCACUGUAAUGCUGGCGUGUCUCGUUCUGCCACGAUAGUUGUUGGAUAUUUGAUGAACAGGGAAAAAUUAAGUCUUGAUGAGGCUCUUAGUAAAGUAAUAAGUGUAAGACCAUUUAUUAGACCCAAUGACGGUUUCAUGCAACAACUGAUAGAAUAUGAAAAGGAACUAUCUGAAAAAGCUAAUAUAUGAAAUGUAAAUAGUAAUAGCUGUCUUCUUACCAAAGUAUCUAAGCUUAUAAUUAUUUUGUACACUUCUAUGCAGUCUGUUAUUGAAGUAAAUGUAUUGAUUUUUAGCUUCAAUAAUAUUUAAUUUUUAAUGAUGACAUAACAUGUUCUGAAUAGUUGAGAUGUAUU